UUCUGUGGUUGUACAAUCUAUAGUUCUUACUGUUCUUAGUUCGCAAUCAACUGAUACAAUUUAAUAUUAUUUUUAUAUUUUUAAUUUUCAGUUAUUUAACAUUAAGUAAAUUACACUUGAUUGGAAUUUAAAAUGAGUUUAUCACACACUAGCAAUAUAUUUCAACACUCGAGCAAAUUGUUACAAUUUAGUAAUUGCUCAAUUUCCAAAACUGUUCGUGGAUUGACUAUACCAAUUGUAGUAGAACAAACUGGCCGCGGAGAACGUUCUUAUGAUAUAUUUUCUAGACUUCUUAAAGAGCGUAUAGUUUGUGUAAUGGGAGAGAUCAAUGAUCAUGUGGCUUCAUUGGUAAUAGCUCAAUUAUUAUUUUUACAAUUUGAAAAUCAAAAAGCCACUAUCAAUAUGUAUAUUAAUAGCCCUGGUGGUAGUGUUACUGCUGGUCUAGGCAUUUAUGACACUAUGAUGUACAUUAAACCAGAUGUAUCAACUUGGUGCAUAGGACAAGCUUGUAGUAUGGGAAGUAUUUUAUUAGCCGCCGGAGCAAAGGGCAAAAGGCAUGCAUUGCCUCAUUCAAGGAUCAUGAUUCAUCAGCCAUCUGGUGGAAUGCAGGGAAAAGCAUCAGAUAUGAAAAUUGUAACUGAUGAAAUUCUAAGACUUAAAUCUUCGUUGAUUGACAUUUAUGUUAAACAUACUGGAAUGCCAUCAGAUAAAAUUGAUGCUAGUAUGGAAUCAGAUCAUUUUAUGAGUGCUGAUGAAGCUGUUACUUUUGGAUUGAUUGACAAAGUUGAACAACCAUCAAUAAAUUGAUCUAAUGUACUAGUGUAUUUUUCUAUAUAUUCUGUCCGUGUUAAUAUCGUAUACCAAUUUAUUGUAUUUAAAUAUCAAAAAUAUCAAUAUUAAAUUAUUGUGAUUGUUCUUUUGAAUUAGGCUGACUUGUUCAUUAUAUAUAAAAGAAAAUUUAGAUUACCAGGGAAUAUUAUUAAAUAUUGAAAGUAAUUUCUCAAAAAGCUAU